AUGGAUGCCACCUCCUCUUCCUCUUCUUCUUCCACCACGGCUCCACGUGUCCGCAAACACCGUCAGGAGAUCCAGAUCUACCGUCCGGGAAUGCUGCGAAAUGGCGGAGUUGCUCCGAAGGAAAGCGUGCUCGAUCCGAAGUUGGAGACGCAAAGAUCGUCGUCCGUCUGCUCCGGCUCAUCGGACUCUUCCUCAGCAAUCGCCUCAUCCGCCACGUCAUCCUCCUCCGGAGACGUUUACAGCUUCGACGAUCUGCGUGCCAAUCUGGAAGAGUUCAAGUCGUUGGACUGGAGCAAAGAAAUGGAGAAGGAGGGACUGAUUCGGUCGGCUGUCGAUGCUCCGAUCGUUGAGGAAUCUCCACGUCACGAGGAGAAGGAAGAUCGGAAGGACGAGCGACGGCACGAGUAUUCGAAUCGGAAAAAUGGACAACAGGCAGGACGCGUCACUUUCACGAAAUGA